GGACUGAAUUUAAUCUCAGGAUGGGGGGGUCAAAUCUUCCGCCUGUCACUCACACCCUUUGUGAGUCUGUGGCUGGCUCAGGAUCACCUCUUCUUCUCUCAGGUCUAUAUCGGUGAUUCCUUCGUCACCCAGAGACAAUCAGACCGGGUACUGAGGUUCCAAAUGCAGCACCCAUUCUAAUAGGUCAUGCUCUUUCUCUGGGACUCAGUUUCUUCAUCUGUAAAAUAGGGGGAGCAAGAUUUGCUUUAGACUCUUCCCAGGGAUGCGGGGAGGGAAAACCUUCAGGGUUAGGGAGUGACGUCACUCCAAGGGGGCGGAGUCCUACGGGAAUGGGAAGGUUGAGUAGGGAGGUGUUGCUCCAUCUAACGUCAUGGUGGGGGCGGAGUCUACCGAGCGAGGGAAUCAUAGCCACCUCCCAUAGCUACAGACGCUCCUCUAAGGGGCGGAGCUUGCAGGGUUGAGGGUUGAGAGAAGGAAUCUGGAGGCUCGCGCGAGGAAGGUGUAGUCCCUCCCACUUCCCAAACGUCACCUCUCAGGAAGGGGGGCUUAAAGAGAAGAAAAGUGAGGGGCUGAGCUCCGCCCAUAUUCCUAACGUCACUAACAGGACCGGAAGUGGAGAGCAGUUUGAGUACCGAGAAAGGGAGAUGUGGCCCCGCCCACAAACAACGACUCAAUUCGGGGUGGGGCUUAGAGCUUAAGAGAGCGAGGAGGGACCCUUGCAGGGGCGGAGCCUGCCGUUACAGGAAGUCCCUCCUCCUAAGGCCCCGCCUCCGUCCUCUGCUCCUUUUCCUUCUUCCUCUCCGGAGGUCGUGCCCCGGAAGCGAAGCAGCCAUGUUGCCCGGUGACCGCGGCGUGAAGGAGGCGGCGGCGGCUGUGUGAGGCGCCGUUCUUGGCCCCAGCCCCGGUCCCAGCUCCGUUUUCAUCUCCGGUCGCUGACGGCUCGCCGAGGCGCGGCUCCGGCCCCCCGGGCCCUCAUGGCCGAGCCCGGCCGCGGCGCGGUGCUGGGUCUGUACCGGACCCUGCUGCGCCGGGCCCGCGAGCUGCGCUUCACCGACCGCGACUUCUACGUGGAGACCAUACGCCGAGAGUUCCGCCGCCCGCUGCCGCCCGGGGCUGGCCCCGACGCCGUGCAGAGGCAGCUGGAAAAGGGCCGGGCUUUUCUGCGCGGCGAGCGAGGCCGCCUCGUCUGA